GCAAUGGAACCAGUGGCUCGGCAGGUCUUAGAAAGAAAAGCCGGCACCACAGUGACGCAGGUUGGCCUCGUCGUUCAUCCACGACAGCCUUGGCUCUGUGCAAGCCCAGAUGGACUGUUCCACACGAGGAAGGGGAUAACUUUACUAGAAAUUAAGUGCCCUUUCUCCAGGAAAGACGAUUUCAUCAUUGACCCCAGCCUGUGCCAGAGCUUCAUUAGCUAUGUUGUAUAUGAGGACGGCUGCCUUAGACUAGCUCGCAAGCACCCGUACUACUGUCAAGUGCAAGUGGCAAUGUACGUAACGAACACCACAGAGUGUUUCUUUUUUGUGUACAGCAGCAAGCAGGACCUCAUUAUUUUAGUUGAAAGGGAUGAAGCCUUUCUUGCCGAGAGCAUUCCACGGCUUCAGUGGUUUUAUCACAAGUAUUACAUAAAGCUGCUGGCACAGUAAGCAGCAUAGUGCCCUUUUGAUGUUUCAAUGCAGAUGAUUUUAUGUAUCGAGAUUGUUCUAUUGAGUGUGCACUCAGCAUUCUUUUGUCUGCAUCGAAAGUAGGAAGCUUCUAUGCAAAAUGCAUGCGUUCAGUAUACCAUCUCAUAAUCACUGGAAGUUUUCUGAACAGGUGUUUUAUUUAACUAUGAUGACAAUUUCGAAGGGAGGGGAGGUUGUAUUGCACAUGUUCAGGAGUAGUGUAUUAUAAGCUCCUUCUAAACCUCCUGACAUGAGGACUAGUCACCCUGCUUUCACUGAUAUUCUCAUAUUGCGUUUUAAUGGCUGAUAAUAAAUACUAGUUUUGAAAGUGUGUUUACAGCAACAUGUUUUGCACUCAUGUAUUACCUUUCACAAAGGGCGCACCCUGUAUGUGUUUGUCAUUGGCAUAACAAAAAGACAACACAAAGACAUCAAGCAAUGCUACAAGGUAAGCGUUAUUCCGAAGGCUCACAUUUAUGGGCUCACUAAGUGCUAAGUGAAGUUAGGAAAUUAGCAAGCGCAAGUUUAAAUCAGCUAUCCCGGCCACGGCGGCUGCAUUUCGAUGGGGGCAAAAUGCGAAAACACCCAUGUACUUAGAUUUAAGUGCACGUUAAAGAAUCCCAAGUGGUCCAAAUUUCCGGAGUCACCAGCUACGGCGUGCCUCAUAAUCAUAUCGUGGUUUUGGCAUGUAAAACCUCAUUAUUAAACUAAUUAGGUUAAAUCAGCUAGCGCAAAAUUGGAGAUUGCAGGUAGAAGCCUUCGUCCUGCAGUGGACAUAAAUAUAGGUUGAUGAUGAUUAAGUGCUACAUGAUAUAUGCAACUUAUUGCAUCACAAAUACAUGAUAAAUGGCGUGCAGGUUUUUCAAGCUGUUGAUUUAUGAUGCAGUUUUUCAUUUUCCAUUAUGUUGUAUGAUGGGACUCUGCAAAUUCGCCAACACACAACACAUGUGAAAUAUUUUACUCAUGGCAGGGAUCAAGCUAAUUGGGAUGCGAUGUUGCAAAAUUCCAUGUGUCUUUAUUCUUUGUAUCAUACGCUCAACAUGUACUCGUACUUGAGCAAUAUCAUGUGUUUGCUUAAGUUGCUCUCUAGAAAAAGGCUGAUUGCCUGUUGAAAAAGGUGGCAUGAUUAGCACUGCGCUUUUCCCUGCCACGCCUGCUCGUAUGCCUGGAAAGCCCUUGUCUGCGAGGAUCACAUCGCCCUCUUCAAUGAUAUCUAGGAAGUCAGAGUCUAGCACUAUGUGAGCAUCGGAGCAGCGUCCUCCGAAAGACUGUGAUUUGUAUACAAUGAGGCCAGAGGGAGCAAUGGCUACUAAAAAUUUUAGUGUAAAGCCAUUCUUGUAAGAUGAGUACAAAACAUGCUGUUGCCUCACUUCAGAUGGAGUUUCUGUUCGCAGCUCUGUACAAUCCACAAUGAGAG